AUGUUGGAAUUUUAUCCUCCAGCACCUGGUUCUUUCAAUCGUCAAAGCGAACCGGGCCAAUCCUUGCCGACGGUUCCGCCUAUUCCCUUUCGGUCUUCAACUGAUAAUAAUAAUGCAGAGCCAUCCGUUUCCGUGAAAACGGAGUCUGGCCUCCUUGAGACGAUCUGCGCUGGCUGCGGCCGCACCAUCGCCGACAAGUACGUGAUGCGAGUCGCCGAGAGGAAUUAUCACGAGGAGUGUCUCUCGUGCACGGCAUGUGGCGCGAUGCUGUCGCACUCGUGUUUCAUACGUGAUCUCAAGCUCUACUGCCGUUCCGAUUACGAGAGGAUCUUCGGAGUGAAGUGCGCGCGAUGCAUGGAGAAGAUCAGCUGCUCGGAUCUGGUGAUGCGGCCGGUAUCCGGCUUGAUCUUCCACGUGGAAUGUUUCGCGUGUUGCAUGUGCGGACAGCCGUUGCCACGGGGCGCACACUACAUCCUUAGACAGGGCCAGCCGAUCUGCAGACGAGACUUCGAACACGAACUGUUUCUAAAUAGUCCACAAGAUGAUGACUUAUUGGACGAGAAUCGACCACGGGAUGGCCGUCGGGGUCCGAAACGGCCGCGGACGAUUCUUACGUCGGCACAGCGACGUCAAUUCAAGGCGUCUUUUGAGGUGUCUCCGAAGCCUUGCAGGAAAGUUCGCGAAGCACUCGCUAAGGACACUGGCCUUAGCGUGCGCGUGGUUCAAGUGUGGUUCCAAAAUCAGCGCGCGAAGAUGAAGAAACUUCAGCGGAAGGCCAAAACGGAGCCCGGAUCCGAUAAAGAGCCAAAGGAGGAGCGAAGGACGGAAAGUCCACACAGCGAUCACAGUCAUUACUUGAACGCCCUGAACAUGCGCGAUGGGGAAUCUUCUAGCUUCCCCUCAGCCACCCAACCGCUCAACCCCAAUAACCCGUACUCGCCCGACGACGCGUACCCGGGCCACUCGGGAGAGAGCUUCUGUAGCAGCGAUCUGUCCCUGGACGGUACGGACGGCGGCUUCGACAUCGGCGAGAAUGAUGGCGGCGGCGCGGACGGUAGUCAUCAGGGUGCUUCGCAUUCCCACCAUGGCUCAUCAUCGCACGAUACCCCGUCGCUGUCGCAGAGUCUACAUGCGGCCAUCAACAAUCCCAUCGACAAACUGUUCAUGAUGCAAAGUAGUUACUUCAGUGGCGAUCACGCGUAAUCCAAGUUUCCCUCUUUCUUCCUCUCUCUAUCUUCUUCCCUCUGUCACUGUCUCUCUCUGGAAUUCGUCGCUUAUUUCUC